AUGGCUUUGGAGGUCUUGACUCUCGUGGUUGCCUUGACUCGAUCUCACGCUGAGGAAAUUUAUGUAAAAAUAAGCUGUUCUCUGGACUGGGUGAUGGUCUCUGUUAGCCCGUGUGCCUACAAUCGGUAUAUAUUGUCUGAGGAAUUACAUCUGGGGAGCGGUUGCCCUGUGACUCGGAUACAGACAUAUAUAUAUGAUUUUGUAUACUUGGUUCAUGACUGUGGCAUCAGAACAAAGGCCAUUUCAGAGUAUACUCUCCUUAUUCAAACUGAGCUACACUAUACUCCUGUAAAUACAUGCUGGGACAGUGAGACAAUCCCGUUGGAAUGUCUGACCUCUCGGAGAUCAGUGUGGCUUAUGCCAGUUUCUACAGAUGAUGAAGUAAAAGUGGAUCCCAGUCCUUUCAUGACUGAUUUUGAGACUGCACUAGAAGAGAUUGGAUUACUAAGUGACUCCCUCAUUAAAGAGAAAUGGUGGAUGUGA